AUGACUAUGGUGGUCUGGAAUAACAAUGAUACUGUGGAGCCCAUAUUUAUUCUGAAGGGUUUUCCUGGACUGGAGUAUGUUCAUUUUUGGCUGUCAAUCCCAUUCUGUCUUGCAUAUUUGGUAGCAUUUAUUGGUAACAUUACUGUCCUUUCUGUCAUUCGCAUAGAGUCCUCACUCCACCAGCCCAUGUAUUACUUCCUUUCCAUCUUGGCACUAACUGACCUAGGUAUGUCUCUGUCCACACUCCCCACUGUGCUUGCUGUGUUGUGGUUGGAUGCUCCGGAGAUUCAGGCAAGCGCUUGCUAUGCUCAGCUCUUCUUCAUCCAUACAUUCACAUUCCUGGAGUCCUCAGUGCUGCUGGCUAUGGCCUUUGACCGUUUUGUUGCUAUCUGCCGGCCACUGCACUACACUACCAUUCUCACCAACAGUGUAAUUGGCAAGAUUGGUUUGGCCUGCUUGCUAAGAAGCAUGGGAGUUGUACUGCCCACACCUUUGCUACUGAGACAGUAUCACUACAGCCAUGUCAAUGCCCUCUCCCACACCUUCUGUUUACACCAGGAUGUUCUGAGAUUAUCCUGUUCAGAUGCCAGGAUCAACAGUGUUUAUGGACUGUGUGUAGUUAUCACCACACUUGGCAUGGAUUCCAUCUUCAUACUUCUUUCUUAUGUCCUGAUUCUGAAUGCUGUGUUGGGCAUUGCAUCUCGUGAAGAGCGGCUAAAGGCACUCAACACGUGCGUAUCCCAUAUCUGCGUGGUACUCAUCUUCUUUGUGCCAGUUAUUGGGGUGUCAAUGGUCCAUCGCUUUGGGAAGCAUCUGUCUCCCGUAGUCCACAUCCUUAUGGCUGACAUCUACCUGCUCCUUCCCCCAGUGCUUAAUCCUAUUGUCUACAGUGUCAAGACAAAGCAGAUUCGUCUCAGAAUUCUUCGCACGUUUGGACUAGGGAGACUUCAAACUCUAUCCUCCAGCUUUCUCACUGAAAAAUGUUGCAACAGCUGUUUGAGUAGAUGA